AUCCACAACAAGAGGUGCUUCUUUCGCAACCAUCACUCAUCACCACCGACAGCAACCGCCACCGCCACCGCCGCCACUCUUCCCUUCAUGGAUUCCAUCUUUUUUCACCACCCACUCUUCCCUCCAUUUUCCACCACCACAAGACAUCCUGCAGCCUACGUACCUCCCAAACCGCCACCAAUUUCCAGCCACAACACACUUAAUUUCACUUGUCGGACACUUGGGAACGGCGGGGGCGCUGACAACGGUUCUCUUUUGGGUGUCUCAGGUUCCGACGCCGGUGAACUCUUUCCGUCGCCUGAAACUUUCACGACGGUUGAUGCUGAGAUAACCCCUGAAACCGUUGAUUUCUUUGUUAGUGAUGCUGAGGGUGAUCCAGAUUGCCCUUCCGACGGCUUCUCCUCCGUCGAGGACGCUCUUGCCACUCUCCGGCUAGGGAAGUUUGUGAUCGUUGUCGAUGACGAAAACGGCGAUAUCGAAGGAAACUUUGUAUUGGGAGCAUCUUUUGCAACACCGGAAACCACUGCGUUUGUAAUUCGGCAUGGCUCCGGGAUCAUAUCGGUCGGCAUGACAUCGAACGAUCUCGAGAGAUUAAAUCUCCCUCUAAUGUCGCCGGAAAACGAAACAAACUCUUUGGCUCCAUCGUUCACCAUCACCGUGGAUGCAAUCGACACAUCGACAGGAGUAUCCGCCUCAGAUAGAGCGAAAACGAUUCUUGCUUUAGCUUCUCGUGAUUCUGGGCCAAGAAGUUUUAGAAGGCCUGGCCAUGUUUUUCCUCUAAAGUAUCGAAACGGUGGGGUUCUAAGACGAGCUGGUCACACGGAGGCGUCCGUAGAUCUGGUCAAACUUGCUGGUCUGGAUCCAGUUUCCGUCCUUUCAACUAUUGUCAAUCCGGAGGAUUGUUCUAUCGCGCCAUUGAACCGUUUAAGAAAACUAGCACUUGACCACAGUAUCCCGCUAGUUUUGAUAACCGAUUUAAUCAGGUAUAGAAGGAAGAGGGAAAGACUAGUCGAAAGAAUCGCGGUUUCUAGGCUACCAACAAGAUGGGGUUUAUUCGAAGCUCAUUGCUACCAAUCAAAACUUGACGGAACCGAGCAUAUAGCCGUCGUCAAGGGAGACAUUGGGAACGGUCGCGAUGUGUUAGUAAGGGUUCACUCUGAAUGUUUAACCGGAGACAUAUUUGGGUCAGGUCGUUGCGAUUGUGGCAACCAAUUAGCGUUAGCGAUGCAGAUAAUCGAGGAGGCUGGCAGAGGAGCUCUUAUCUAUCUUCGAGGACACGAAGGGAGAGGUAUAGGAUUAGGGCACAAAUUACGUGCAUAUAACUUACAAGAUCAAGGCCACGACACUGUAGAAGCCAAUCUAGAGCUCGGUUUUGCUCCUGACGCACGCGAAUACGGAAUCGGUGCCCAGAUGCUACGAGAUAUCGGAGUUCAAACAAUGCGUCUAAUGACCAACAAUCCAGCCAAGUUUACAGGACUCAAGGGCUACGGUUUAGCAAUCGUUGGACGAGUUCCUGUAUUGACUCCGAUAACGGAUGAAAAUAGGAGGUACUUUGAAACUAAGCGAACAAAGAUGGGUCAUAUAUAUGGGUCAGAUAUACCCGACUCUUUAGUUGGUCCAAUCAUCGAUAAAAAUGACACAACAGAUGUGUGAAACUUACAUCUGGUUCAUUUUUACGGAUGGUUGGACGAAAUUAUUUAAAAUUGUUAUAUUGAGGUUUUAAUAGCUCAAAAUCUAAUGUAAUUAUGAUACAACAAAAAUGACAAGAAAAUUUAUACACACCCAUUGAUGAAGACAUGAAACUUGAUGGUUAGCUUUUGUGUGUUUUCUUCUGGUUCAACAUUUUAUUGUCUCUAUAAUCACAUAUUUUUUACCAUCUAAAGGCUAAAGCACAAAAUUGGGUUAUGGGACAGCCAUCGAUUUCUAAGUGUCUUAAUAAACUGUUUUAUAUCUGCAAACGGUACUUCUAAUACUGUAUUUGAAGCAGUUGUUCGAAUUCCUUUUUAUAAUCAAUUCGAUCCCCCCACAAACCAUUCCGACCGGCGGUAAGAAUUUCUUCGAAUAUGUCCUUGAAAACUCGGGGAUUGACAUUCCAUCACUGUCAUUAUAUAGACAAAAAUAAAACAUUACGUCUAAAGGUGUUGUAAUAAGUUUAUAGGACGUUUUUAGACGUCUUAACAAAUCUUUUAGGAUAUAUUAGAAGCGUCAUAUUAGCUAGUUUAUAAGAUACUUUUGAGGAAUUGUCAUAAAAACCAAUUUUUACAAGUGUAUUGUUGAAGGGCCUAAUGCUUCCAUGACUUUUUUUACUGUCAGCUUGAGACGUUUUUCUCGAAAAAGUUAUGUAUGUUACUUAUGUGUUAGAUUAUGUUUUUAUUUCUGAUUUGGUUACAUUUAGAACGUCUUAUUUGUUUGCGUCAUCAAAUUUUUAAUUAUAUGAUUGCGGAAAGUUUUGACAAACGAAAGUUUAUUGCACAUUUCUUGUCGUUGUGAGGUGAUAUAUCAUUAUAUUUCUUCUAAAUCGAGAACUUGAACUUAAGAUAUUAUCAUCCACAAACAUGCAAAUAAUAUUCAACAUGAACAUUAAAAAGUUUCUGUUAAGAAUUCAAAAGUUUAGAAUCGAGUAAAAUAGCCAUAUAUGGCAAUUGCAACGGAUCUAUGUAAAACAUUUGCGUUCUGUUUUUAAACGGAUCCAAUAGAUAUAAUUAACAGAUUUAGUUAAAAAACGAGUUGAA